AUGGAAUCGGCGUCCAAAACUGUAUCAGAAAAUGUGGUUGGUUAUGGUGAUGUUUAUCCCAAUACAGACGGUGGACGAAUCGUAUCAGGUAUCGUUGGUUUAUGGGGUAUAAUCUCUAUUGCUCUUGUAAUAGCAAUUAUUCAGCAGUACUUACAAAUGAAUGGUGCUCAACAGUACGUCUUUGAAUAUAAUACAUUGUUAGAAAUGAAUAGAGAAAGAAAGUACUAUAUUGGAAAUCUAAUUAAAUUUACGGUAAAAGCAUGGUAUCUACGUUUAAACGGCAAUGAUAAAGGACAAGAAUAUCGUCAAGUGCAGCGAAAAGUUCAUCUAGCGAUUGAUAAAAUACGAAAUCUACGACGACAACAGCUGCAAGACAUUGUCGAAGAUGAAAAUACAGAUAAGUCAAAUGAACAGCAAAUGAAUCCUCAGAUAGUGGAAGGAAUUCAAAAUAGACUAAAUCAGUUGGACACAAAGUUAGAUCGUCUUACUCAAUUGAUGUAUGACCAAAUGAAUAUUAACACUCAGCAGAAUAUCCUUUCGAUUACUGAGCGACUCUAG